UAAUUUUAGUUGUGGGAUAUGUAAACAUGCAAUUGCCCCUAACACUUUCCAAACCCUAGAAUCAAAAUUCCACAUCUUGAGUAAAGAAUCAGGAAAUCAACAAAAAUGGGUUAUCUUUCUCACCGAGUUGAUCCAAAUGAACUCAAGCCAGGAGACCACAUUUACACCUGGAGAGCUGCAUUCACUUAUGCCCACCACGGUAUUUAUGUUGGUGAAAACAAGGUUAUCCAUUUCAACAGUGAUCAAGCAAAGGCUACUUCUGCCUCUGGAUCGAACUUGACUCCACAGCGAUCAAACUCCCCUGACUGUGAGUUUUCACAACCUAUAAAUGGACACACUUGUGGUUCUGGUUCUUGUUUAUGCACUUACUACUGUGGAUUUCAUCAACCAGAGAGUGGUGUAACCCUCUCUUGUUUGAAUUGUUUCCUCGAAAAAGAUUCACUGUACCUCUAUGAGUAUGGAGUGAGCAGAUGGGUGUUUUUUGCGAAAUACCGAAGUGGCACAUGCACCAUUGCGCAAUCAGAUCCACCCCAAGAUGUGAUCAACAGAGCCAUCUAUCUGUUGAGACAGCAAAAGGGAUUUAGAAAUUAUAAUUUGGUCAGCAACAACUGUGAGGAUUUCGCUUUGUAUUGCAAGACAGGCCUUUUGAUUCCUAGUAGUCAGGUGUUGCAGAUCUUUGGUGUAUCAAAGUUUGUUGCAUUUCUUCCAUCCUCUUUUUUGAAUCCUUUAGGCAGAUAUAAUUCUGACAUUGGUGUUCGAAAUGAUGCCGUCAGAGUUCCAAUGGAAGAUGUCGAAUCGUUUAAGUUAAUUAAUGAUGCUACGGUUCCAUCCAACCAAAUAGGUGAAGAAGAGAAUGUUUGGGAAAAUAAUCAAAAUAUAAUUGAAUUUGAUGUGUCUAAGUAAGUGUCAAAAUAAUCAAUAAAAAUGGGUUAGCUUUCUCACUGAGUUGAUCGAGAUGAACUGAAGCCAGGAGACCAUAUUUACACUUGGAGAACUGCGUUCACUUACGCCCACCACAGUCUGCAACUGGCACAUCAUGUAAUUGAUAAGCUCAUGGUUUUUUUUAUGCGAACUGUUCACUUUAUGUAAGGACUUGGGAUUUAGUUCCAAACGUAAUUUGGGACCGGUUUUUCA